AUGGAGGCUCUGUUAUGGCUGGACAACUGGGCAAAGGAUCUUCAUGUGUCCACCGGAGACGGGGACAGAGCUGGGACCGACAUGGACCGACUGAACAGGAACAUGCCUGAAUAUGGACGCACCCAGCACCAGACCCUCCAGAGCACUCCUUUGGAUCUUAUUGACACAGGAAAAGGGUUGAAGUUCCAAGCAGAGCGCCCCCAUCUGGUCAGCCUGGGAAGUGGCCGUCUGAGCACUGCCAUCACUCUGCUGCCACUGCCUGAAGGGCGGACCACUCUGGGCCAUGGUCCGAUGGACAUAAACAUCCAGGGCCCUGGGGUCUCGGAGCAGCACUGCUACAUCGAAAACCGGUGCGGGGUCAUUACUCUGCACCCGUGUGGAAACCUGUGCUCUGUGGAUGGCCUGCAGGUCACUCAGCCCGUGCGCCUCUCCCAAGGGUGCAUGCUGUGUUUUGGCCAGUCUGCCUUCUUCCGCUUCAACCACCCUGAAGAGGCCUUUAGGAUGAAGAGCAUGCUGCCCCAGGGAGGAGGCCUCUCCACGGGGAACUAUGGACGAUACACGGACACCGAGAGCCUGGUCAAUGGGAAUCACCACUCCAGCCCAGCUCAGUCCUCUCCGGCUGCUGGCGACAAAGUUCAGUCUGAGCACAGUAAGAUCGUCAGCUCCAUCGAGAAGGACCUACAGGACAUCAUGGACUCUUUAGUCAUGGACGACCCUCAACCCACCUCCUCCGAUUCCAAGAAGCUCCCCGGGGGCUUGUCUCCCUCCCCGGUCUCUCCCAUGGUCAACGGAGGAGGGCGGUACCUGCUGUCUCCCCCCACCAGCCCUGGGGCCAUGUCCGUUGGGUCGAGUUAUGAAAACACAUCGCCUCCAUUCUCUCCACUGUCAUCUCCAUCAGCAGCCAGUAGUGGCAGCUUCACCAGCCCAUCCCCCAUUGGUGGACCCUUUGACCAGUGCGCUUCCCUGCCACCUGUGCCUGUACGAUCAUCCAGCUACAACUUCACCUCUCAUGGUCCGCCAGUCCCUCAACCACGAACCAUACUCAAUUUCAGUAGCAGUGGAGGUCAGAAGAUCCCAGAGAGCCCGAGGUUGCAAAGAAAGCUGUUCUCAGAAACCCCUCCAAGUCCAAAAUCAAAUAGGAGAGGACUAAGUUUAGACUCAAACGAUAGCCCAAGACACGCUACGGUUUUGUCGCCUGAAGAUUCACUCAAUGGGCGCAAUAUUGUACCAAGUAGCCCAAGACUUAUGCCCAAGUUUUCAACAUGCCCAUCUCCUUCACACUCAAGGACCAAGACCACAACAGUGCUUCAAGAAAGACCCGCCAGUCCUUUCAGGGAGCAGAUGAGCUUAGUCGAUCGCUCGCUCACGUCUAGCCCGUCAAGGCAACUUUCCCAACAUACGAGAGCCUUCCAGCCGCCGCUAGACCCCAUAGUCCACAUCAUCCAAGGCGGACCGUUACAACAAAGAACGCUGAAUCCACCAGAGAGCCCUCGCGUUGCUCGAAGGAACACAGAGAUCAAUGGUAGUACUUUAGGUAUAAGCAUGAGAGAUCUGCCUCCGCUGAGCCCGUCUAUGUCGAGAAGAGGUGUCCCCGUACUUCCAGGAGCGCUUCCAGGAACUGUCCCAAUUCUAAAAACUCCAGACAGUCCUUCAUGUUUAAGCAAGUUUGUUUCCGAAAGCCCAAGACUGCGCCGCAAAACCGCAACGACACCUGACGAGAUAGUAACAAGCAAAGGAAUGAGAGCUCGUAGUCCAUCGCCAACUAGAAAAGCCGGUUUGGGGAGUUCUCUGACCCCGGCUUACAGCCUGGGGUCUCUACCGGGGUCGUCUCCAGCGGCCAGUCCCAGGUCGCACCGGAAGAUGUCCACGUCAGGAAGGCCGCACCCGGGAAUGAGGGAGCGGAAGAACAGCAUCUCGGAGAUCAGCGACAACGAGGACGAGCUUCUGGAGUAUCACCGUCGGCAGAGAGAGGAGCGCAUGAGGGAGCAGGAGAUGGAGAGGCUGGAAAGACAGCGAUUAGAGACCAUCCUAAACUUGUGUGCCGAGUACAACAAAGGAGAUGGCCCCGACCCCCUGAGCUCCGGCAGGUUCCCCGGGGGACUGUCAGAGGGGACAUGUGGGAGGCCAGCGGUGGACAUUUUGGGAGGAACACCGUCCUCGUCCACUCUGCGUCUGGCUCAGAAACAGAGAGAGAGCGAUGAGGAGAACCUGAAGGAGGAGUGCAGCAGUACAGAAAGCACCCAUCAGGAGGUGAGGUCGUCCCCCGGCCCCAGCCCCGGCUCCGCUCUGCACAAUGGAGACAGACAGCAUGAAGAGUCAUCCAGCUCUAGUCGCCUGGAGCUCGGUUACCUGGAGGAGGAGCGGGUACGUGUCCUGGCCCGGAUUGACGAGCUCAAAACCCGGCUGACAGAGCUGGAACAGCAACUACAAGAGUCCAAACAAGAGGCGGAGAUGGAGCGUGCCUUGCUACAGGGCGAGAGACAGGCAGAACUUGACCAAAUUGAUGCUGAAACAGACAUCAUCACUCAGCUCCAAAACAAGCUGGAUGAACUGGAGAGCGCCAUUCAGAGGGAGAAAGACAAGGAGAGGGCUAAGGUUGAGACUGAGCGGGAAUCCCUGCAGAGCCUCCAGGAGGGCUACGCGGAGCUCAAGAACCAGCUUCAUAACUGCCCCGAGUCCCUCCGCGAACAGUUGCAGGAACAGCUCAAAAGGGAAGGAGAGGCGCUGGAAGCAAGAACCAAGAAGUUUGAGGACCUGGAGUUUCAGCAGCUGGAGCGAGAGAGCAGCCUGGAGGAGGAGCGGGAGAACAUGAGCCAGCAGCUGCAGCAAGAGAGAGGAGAGUACCAGGGCAGCUUGGCCAAGAGGAAGGACAAAGUGUCUGCUCUGGAAAACCAGGCCAGUCAACUGGGUCUGCAGGCCUCUCAGGAGUGUGAGCGACUGGCCAAAGACAGGACCCUGACUCUGCAGAUGCUCCAAAAGGAAAAGGACAGACUGUCUGCCCUGGAGAAGCGGUACCAUGGUUUGACUGGAGGAAGGAGUUUUCCAAAGUCGACCACUGCAAUGAGAGAGCAGGAGGUGCGGCGCUCGAGCGAGGCCAUGCUGUUGGAGCGCUCCUGUCGGCCUUCUCUCUCUCGAGCCUCUCGCUCCUACUCUCUCCCUUUUCCUCUGUGUCAGCUGUAUCCCAGCAGCCCCACAGAGGAAUACGUGACAGUGGGACAGUUAAGUCAGAUGUACGGGAUGCCCAAAGUGGAGUCCUCCCCCACCUCGCCCCUGCAGUUGGGAGCAGGAGACCCCGCCUUCCCGCGCUUCCCCUGUCACCAUGGCUCCUCCCUCUCUCUCUCUGUGGAGUACCAGCCUGAGUCCUCUAGGCCGCGCCUUCCUAAACUAGAUUUAGAGCAGUGGUACAGGGAGCUGAUGUCGGGCUCCGCGGAGCUCGGGCCGCCUCCUGUUCCAGCCAAGUCUCUGUCCAGUCGCAGAGCAGCGCUGCAGGUGUUUCGCUCAAAGUUGGACAGUGAUCCAGGACCACCCCUCCUCUCCUCCAGGUCCGGCUCUCCCUCUCCCCUGCUCCAUGGAGCUUCCACACUGGGACGAAACUCCUGCUCCAAGAGCCCCCUGCUGGCUGCUAACUGCACUGGCAGUUUGCCCAGAAACCUGGCAGCAACUCUUCAGGACAUCGAGAACAAGAGGCAGCUGGCUCUUCAGCAGAAAGGUCAGCAGGUGAUCGAGGAGCAGCGGCGGCGCCUGGCGGAGCUGAAGCAGCGCGCCGCAGUGGAGGCCCAGUGCCAAUGGGACGCACUGCAUGGAUCCCAGUCGCAGCUCCUCAGCCCCUCCCCGCCCUCGCCCUCCUGCUCCCCCCUGCAGCCCUACCACCACUCCAUCCUGCACCACCAGCCCGCGGCCCGAGAGCAGCCCUACGAUACGCUCAGCCUGGAGAGCUCCGACAGCAUGGACACCAGCAUCUCCACCGGCAACAACUCUGCCUGCUCCCCAGAUAAUUUGUCCAGUGUCGGAGGCCUGGACUCUCUAAAGAUUGAGGAGAUGGAGAAGAUGCUGAAGGAGGCUCAACUUGAAAAAGCCAGACUUAUUGAAUCUCGAGAGCGAGAGUAUCUUGCCCGGCGACAGAUGUUUGAUGAGGAGCGGAGGAGGAGAGAGGAGGCAGAGAAACGACUCCAGGACGAAACCCUGCAUCGGGAGCAGCUCAUCGAGAAGGAGGUCAAGAUGAGGUCCAAGAACUUUGCUCAGGCUCGUCCGAUGACCCGCUACUUGCCGAUCAGGAAAGAGGAGUUUGACCUGCGCUCGCACGUGGACUCGUCCGGACACAACGUGGACACAUGUUUCCACGUCAUCGUCACCGAAAAGAUGUGCAAAGGAAACCUGGUCAAAAUGGGCGGAAAGAUCAAGUCGUGGAAGAAACGCUGGUUCGUCUUCGAUCGCCUGAAACGCACCUUCUCCUACUACGUUGAUAAACACGAGACCAAGCUGAAGGGGGUGAUCUACUUCCAGGCCAUUGAAGAAGUGUACUACGACCACCUCAGAAGUGCCACCAAGAGCCCAAAUCCCUCGCUGACGUUCUGCGUGAAGACCCACGACCGGCUGUACUACAUGGUGGCUCCUUCGGCGGAGGCCAUGAGGAUCUGGAUGGACGUGAUCGUGACGGGGGCCGAAGGCUACACGCAGUUCAUGAACUAA